CGCCGACGCGUGAACUCACGGCCUGCUUACUGGGCUUACAGGCCAUCUUUCUCGUACCCAACUCUUCUCCCCCAUGUCUUCCUAAAUGUCCGACCUGCCAGUUGAAGGGUCUAAAUGGGAGCUUGCGGUCUCCGUACUCUCCGUGGUAGGACUGGUUUGGUAUGGCGCGCUAUGGUUUUUGAGUGUCUUGGGAUGCAUGUCAGCUCGGAAGCGCUUCCGGAUACGACCGCGUUCGCCUCUAGCAUCCGCUCCCACCUCGUCCGUCCCCGGAGUCUCCAUCCUUCGUCCCCUCAAGGGACUGGACACAAACCUCUACGAAAACCUCGAGUCUACCUUCACGCAAGACUACCCGAAGUUUGAGCUGCUGCUCUGCGUCGACAAUGAGCACGAUCAAGCGCUGACAGUCGUGCGCGACUUGCUCUCUAAGUAUCCUCAUGUAAAUGCCAGAAUCCUUGUCGGCUCUAGCGAUGAUGAAGUAGGCAUCAACCCGAAGGUCAACAACCUCAUGCAGGGCUACCGCGAGGCCGCGUACGAUAUCCUGUGGGUCAUAGACUCAGGUGUUAUGGCCGAUCCUGGCACCCUUGCGCGAGCUGUCGAUAUCCUGGAACCUCCCCCUUCCAAGGUCCCAAAACGUCGCAUAGGCGUAGUCCAUCACGUCCCCUACGCCGUCUCCUCCGAAUCAUGCGUUGGCUCGCGCAUCGAGGAAGCAUUCCUCAACACCAACCAUGCCAAAAUGUACAUCGCAAUCAACACAGUCGCAGUAGACUCCUGCGUCGUUGGAAAGUCCUGCUUGUACCGUCGGUCCGACCUGGAACGCGUCAACGGCUCGCUGCGUCCGAUCCCGAACGCAGACACGGAUUCCAGUGCGCGUCAGCAAGGCCUAUGCGGACUAGCAGCCUUCGGCAGGUUCCUCGCCGAGGACAACAUGAUCGCGAGCGCGCUUUGGCACGAGCUGGGGCUGCGCCACGACAUGUCGUGCGACGUGGCGAAGAACGUGGUCGGCAACAUGUCCCUCGCGGACUACAUCUGGCGGCGCGUACGCUGGAUACGUGUUCGAAAGCACAUGGUCUUCGCCGCGACGCUCAUCGAACCAAUAACGGAGUCGCUCAUGCUCUGUCUUAUUGGAUGCCUCACCCUGCGUCGCUUAUUGGGCAUACAUCCCUUCUUCACGUUCUUCUUCCAUUAUGUGCCAUGGCUAUACAUCGAUCUCGAUGUCUACGCAUCACUAGCGGGGCACCCGCUGCCGCCUUCGUUGCGGUGGGAAUUCCUCGCUGGAUGGGUAGCGAGGGAGGCGCUCGCCUUCCCCAUAUACCUCCUCGCGAUCUUCGGCAGCGAGGUGGAAUGGAGAGGACGCAGGUACCAAAUCAUCAAGAACGGCGAGGCCCGGAAGGUCACCAGCGAGCGCCGCCACAAAUCGUGGUGGCGGCCAUGGCAGGACACCCGUCAUUACGAACGACUGGAGAUGGAUCCUAACUAGCACGGUAUGUUUGCUGUACACCACUUGCAUAUGUUGUACAAUAGCAAGGAAGUAGAAUUCGCAGGCCUACAGGCCUUGCAAGUCGAAGACCUUGAUGGUGUUUUGCCAGACCUGCUCGCUGAGCUCCUGCAUGGUCACAUUGUGCAGCUGGCAUAGCACCCAAGCGACCGCGCCGAUGGCGGUUGGUUCGUUCCUCCCUUUCACUGGCUUGCCAGCUUGGAAUUUCUCCGGCUU